GCAGGGGAAACCCCAUCUCCCAGUCUCCUGCCUUUGAUGCUCUCUGACGAUCCCUCCUCCUUCCCCUUAUCAUAUGCUCACCUUAGUGUCAACAGCAUCAGGCGGAUCAAGGAGCCCAGUUUCUAAAGGAAAUCUGAACUCUCUUGGCUUUCAUUCUCCUCAGAUUUCUGAGCAUCUGUUUCCAAUACCCUCCAAGUAACUUGGACAGGGAAGCUGGAUGUGCAGUCUCUGAGUAGGUGGAAGAUCUCUUUUGCCAUGUCAGCUGACAGCCACCAGCUCCACACUCAUUCCUACCAGGACUCACUAAGUUCUACUUGUCACAGUCUCUUGAAUGUCAACAGUCACGCCCUGUCGAAGAGCUCCUCAAGUCUGGCCUGUGCUGGGCAAUCGAGUUUAGAGGAAGGGCAAAGCAACAAACAGGAGCUGAAGAAAAGCCAUAGUAGCACCAUCUGCCAUACCCUGGGAAACGAGAGUGAUGCAAGGAACGUGCCGAGUCCUGGCUGGUCCUUCUCGCAACCUGGGAUGAUGGGACUCGGAUCAGUGGUGCAAACCAUAAGUGACCAGUCAGACAAUGACAAUUCACAGAGCAGAACUAAGGCUACAAACCAUUUUCUUAUCACUGAACCGUCCCCAGCAUCCUGCGAAGUGGAGGACACCAGGAUGUGUGUAAAGAGCAGCACAGCUGAGAAUAUUUCUUCAGCCUCCAUUGUCCACCAGCAAAGCCUGUGUAAAAUGGAAGAACCAGGAAAUGCCCUUCAGAGAAGCCACUCAGACCUAACUUGCAGUUGCAAACAGCAGACUUAUGUCACUCACAUAGAAACCAGUGCUCCUCAUUCCAGCCUAAGCUCUUCUAGCUGCAGGCAUGGUCCACCAGUGGCUAGGAUGUCUUUCCAAACAGAGAGGUAUGGACCAGAAACAAAUGAAAAUACAUCUCACUAUCAAAACCUUGUGACUCAUCUUCCAGUUCUACCUAGAGACCAAAAAGUACCCACAAAUAGCUUUGACAGCAGUGGUAUUCCACGUAACACUACUGUUUACACAGAUCCUGGAACAUUUCACACUGCUGUUCUAGGACCCCACAUGCCUGGAAAUGGUUUCUCAAACAGGACAAUGUUCAGUCAAGCCACUGGGAUUAUUCAUGGUGGUCUGACUUACGGUAACAUUCCAAACGCUGCAUACUCCCCCAUGGUGAUGACAGUUCAUAACAAUUCUGCAGGGCCCUGUAAUGUAAGGCAGGACCCUUGUAUGAAGGUAGAUGCCACCGUCCCUGCCUAUUGCCAUUCUUUGCCCAUACCAUCUAUACAACUUGUUCCGCGGUUGGUAUGCUCAGUUAGUGAGUCGGGAAAAGAGCAGGCAGCACCUGGCUAUUUUCAUUCCUUUUCUACUUCAGACAUUCUGACAUAUCCUAAGCUGGUGUCUUCAGUAAGUGAAUCAGGCCUGGAUGCCAAGAGAGUCCUGAAGUGCUGUAGCAUUCCUGGAGAACAACUGCAACACGCUCAACACUGUGAUCAGCAGGAGAGUGCUCCUCCAGAAACAAAGGCUGCCUGUGUUGCCUUCAGUAGCCAGCAAGGUGCAGGCGUGGUGAUGACAACUAAGGACAUGUGGACUAUGACCUCUAUGAAUGAUUUAACCAAAGGACUGAAACCAGCUCUUGAGCGUAGAGAUGCCGAGGUACAAACUCUUCCAACCAUGGAAUGCAAAUCUGUGGCAACAAGCCCAGCGGCUGCAGCAGAAGGCCACUCGCAUGUGUUCCCAGAGGUAAACCUGGAGCAAGACUUGGAGGCCCCCAAAUCUCCAGUACGUGAAGUGAGAUGGGAUGAUGAAGGAAUGACAUGGGAAGUGUAUGGGGCAUCUGUGGAUCCAGAAGUCCUUGGGUUAGCCAUUCAAAAACAUCUUGAGAUUCAAAUAGAACAAUUCCAGACAGAGCCUGCUGAGCUGGCUGAGAAAAGUAAUAAGGAGCCAUCUUCUGAUAAAAUGGGGAAAAAAAGGCCAUUCAGAACAAUGAUGCAUUCCCUGAGAUAUCCGAGCUGUUGUGCUCGUUCCAGUACUGCAGUGGAGUGA